AUCUCCCUCUUUUUCGUCGUUGGAAAAUUAUAUUCGCACAUGGCGCCCAAGAUCGAUCCAAACGAAGUGAAGAUUAUUUAUCUUCGAGCCACUGGAGGAGAAGUUGGUGCGUCCAGCGCAUUGGCUCCGAAAAUUGGACCGCUUGGUUUGGCCCCCAAGAAGGUUGGUGAAGACAUCGCCAAAGCUACUGCCGAUUGGAAGGGGUUGCGCGUUACUGUUAAAUUGACCAUUCAGAAUCGACAAGCCGCUGUAAGCGUGGUGCCUAGUGCUUCAUCUUUAGUUAUCAGAGCUCUUAAGGAACCCCCAAGAGAUCGCAAAAAGGAGAAAAAUAUCAAGCACAGCG